GCUCGCUCGCUCGCUCGCUCGAUCGCAUGCCAUGAUCCACAAACUCGAUCGCGAUCGACGGAUUUUUUCUCGCGCGAGACGCGACUCCGGUUUGCACGAUCGCAAAUUCGGCUCGCGAGCGAGGGGCAGAAGCGGCAAGAUCGGAGGAAAAGGAGCCGACAGCGUAGAGGAUAUCUACGAGCCUAACCUCAAAAUGGUCGUUUCAGGACGUAGCCGCGUUCUCCGAGGACAGCUUCAACGUGAAGGAAUGGAUCAACCGGACGUUCAAGUCCGCCGAGGCGCAGGAGAACAAGGACGUAAGUCGCACGGGUCGCACCAUCUCCGCUUCCGUCGAUUCCCGGGAUCCCCGGGAUCGCUCCUCGGAUUCGAGUCUCGCUCGUCGUCGCGACGCCCGUCGGGCCGCCGAACUGGCGGCUUCCACCGACCGCGGCGGCGGUCACUGACACCGCGCGAUCGACUUCUUCCAAGAUGAUUCCUUUCCUCGCAUCACCUUCAACGAAGGUUUUCAGCCCCCGAGGAAUAAUAUUUUUAGAUGCUCGCGUCUCUCACACUCCGAAAAAAAAUCGCACUGGAACGUUACCGACCGAUAAUAAAUCUUCCUGCCUGUUCCGUGACAGCUUUUGUUUCAUCUUUAGUGAUGAAGUUGCAGUUGUAUGUGCAACAAGUUAAUGGUGCCUUGGAGGAGACCAGUCAAUCGGUUCUUUCUAGCUUACCAAGAAUUUUAAGAGACACUCAACUCCUACAGCAAGAAACUUUAGCGCUGAGAGAAAAAAUGGUUGCUGUCAAGCAAGAGAUCGCAAAGAUCGAGAAAGAUACAGCUUCUUCUAUGGCGACGUUGGAGAAGAUUGAUAGAAUAAAAACGGAAUUGCAAACUGCUAAGCAAGGAUUACACGAGGCUGACAAUUGGACGGUGUUGGCAAACGACGUGGAAGAGGUAUUUGAAUCUGGCGACAUAGAAGCGAUAUCUAAUAAGCUGUUUAGUAUGCAAAAAUCUCUAACUAUGCUCGCGAAUGUUGUCGAUUACGAGGAUAAAAAGUUGCAGUUAGAAGGCUUGAAAAAUCGUCUCGAGGCGAUGGCCAGUCCGCGGUUGGUCCAAGCUUUUACCGCCGCCAAUUUAGAGCAAUCGAAAAUAUAUGUGGAUAUCUUUGGCAAGAUGGAACGUCUGCCUCAGCUUCUUAAGUAUUAUCAUAACUGCCUGAAAGUUUCUUUGGGCCAAGAAUGGAGACGUACUAUUGAGCUAGCACAGGAUGAGAAUGUUACCUAUUGGCUACAUACUUAUUAUGACAAACUGUUAUCUUCUUGGCAUGAACAAGUGAAAUGGUGCCAUCAAGUCUUUCCUAAUACUUCGAUAGAUAUUCUUAUCGAGGUUUAUGCUGACCUUUUAAGGAGCCUCGAUCCUGGUAUUCCGGAAUGCAUAGAGGCAGUUCUGAAGCAACAUUCCAACACGGUUCAAUUGUCCAUUCUACUCGAAUUAAAACAGAUGACGAGGCAUUUUGCCGUAAAUCUCAGCGGCGCUAUCGAGACGUUGCUUCGUGGAAAAUUGCAGAACGAAAAGUUACUAUCGUUAGCGCAAGCUGUAUAUGCGCCUUACGUUCCUUACGUCGCGAAAUAUAGCACGUUUGAAACCGCGCAGUUGGAACAACAACUACAAUUUUUGGAUCGUUCGCAUGACGAUUUGAGCGAUACUAUUAAUUCCCUUUCUCUUAGCAUUUCGCGGAUUAUGAGUUAUGCUGCUGAAGCCAAUAAGCGAUGUAAGCUUUUUACAGAAGGCUGUGGAUAUCCCGGUUUAUUGCGAUCAUUAAACAUUUAUUUCAAUAAAUAUCUCGAGAAAUAUCAACAAGGUUUAAGACAACUCGAGAGGAAGAAAGUGAAGCACGAAGAUUGGAAUUUGUUCCAAAUGUGUCUUACAUUGAUGCAAACUAUAGGUGAUCUUCUGCAUCAAAUACAACAAUUCGAAAAGUCGCUUGUGAUUGACAUAACAGAAGCUAAUAACAAAUUACAAAACACGAACGGUAGUGCUUUUUGUCAGUACAAGAAGUUGUUGUUAACCUCAUCAGGAUGUACUGAUCUGGAAAAUCUUGUUGCAUCUUUCCAAAGAGAGGACAAAACGAUUCUCGAUUCAAUUAUAAAAUCUAUUCAAAAACUUUGCACUGAUUUACAUCAUAUUACGUACGAAGUUAUUUUUGCGCCAAUUUUCUCUCAAUUGCUACUGGUGCAAAAAGCACCCGCUUGGUCAUUGGAAACCAACAAAAUGUCCAAUCUAAGUUUAGAUUUACCGGAUUAUAGUUUCGCCCCUCAAGAAUAUAUCACACAGGUCGGACAAUAUUUAAUGACAUUGCCACAGCAUUUGGAACCAUUUCUAUUGAGGGACAAUCCGAGUUUAACGCUAGCAUUGAAGGCAGCUGAUCCGCAAUAUGUUCAAAGCUCGACUGAAUCUGGAUUUACUAGUAUACUUUUAGACAUUGUUGCUCGAGGAACGUGUCAAAUGUUCCAGGAUCAAACUUUAGGCAUCUGCCAAUUGAAUUCCGUUGCUUGUAAACAGCUUGCAACCGAUAUUGAUUAUUUAGGUAAUGUAUUGGAGGAACUCGGUCUGUGCUUAUCGGAAAAUCUUCAACACAUGUCCUUAUUGCUGAGAUUACCGUCGGAGGAUUAUCAGAGUGGAAGUUCCGGAUGCAAUGCUCGUGUUGUAGCUGCAGUCAGACAAAUGCGUAACAUUACAUCUUCUGGCUGACAUAGUCCGCAUCAAACCGAACGCGAUGUCACAUGAGAAACUUUAUUUCAUAUUUGUGGUAAAGAUGAAGAUUUCACACGAUAUUUGCAUAUUCGUAAUUAUUUUGUAAAAUAAUCAUGUAUAUAAUAUUUAGACAAUAGAUAUUAUGAACAUUUAAAUAUGAAUGUACUCUUGUUUUAACUUUUCAU